CCCUCACCAUCUACGUCUGCAACAAUAGCCCGACUCAUCCGCCUGGGCAUUCGUAGACAUAUUCUUGUCUCUCAUUGUUCGCCCGACCCUCCAUCGUUUGUUCGUCUCUCAAUAUUCUAUGUAGUCGGCCAACAACUUCCCUCUUUUACUCCUUUAUCCUCAAACCGUCUCAGGUUCCAUAUCCAAAUCCCCCAGCCUUCCGAGACCUCAGCCUUUCAUCCCAUCUGACCGCACCUUACGGCCUCACAUUCACCGUCAACCCGCCAGUUUUCUCACCGACGCCAUCAUUAUUGUCGCUCACUAAAUCACGCGCUUCAUCGCUCACAUGCAGUCGUAAUUGACCAUCGACAGUCAUUCACAACCCCGGCGCAAUGCGCCUCUUUCACCAGCUCGCUACCUUAGCGACAUCAUUACUCCUCCUAUCACCUUUCACUGAUGCGCACUCAAAGUCACGAAAUCCUUUAAAUUACCUCACAUUAAUUGAAAACCCUCGGAUACAUACCCCGUCACAACGAGUCCAUGCCUCCUCUCGUUUCGACCUUACCUUUGACCUUCACAAAAACUCCGAACAUGUCCGCCUAAGUUUAGAACCGAAUCAUGACAUCCUCCAUGACGAGUCGUACGUCGAGUUUGUUGAUAAAGAUGGAAAUGUUAGACAGGUGGAGAAGAUGCAGCGGGAGGACUACAAGGUCUUUCAGGGCAGAUCAUUUGUGGUUGAUGAGGACGGCCUCUCUACCCACGUUGGUUGGGCAAGGGUCGUUGUGAGAAGAGAUGGCGUACGACCAUUAUUCGAAGGCGCUUUCACAAUCAUGGGCAACCAUCAUCACAUCCAGAUGAAGUCCACUUACAUGGCCACCAAACAUCUGCUGGACCCAGAGCUCCAAGAGGACGAAGACGAGUACAUGGCCGUUUGGCGGGAUACCGAUGUCAGCCGACAAACACAUCGAGAUCUGAAGCGGAGUGCCGACCUCACCUGUGCUUCCGACAAGCUUCCCUUCAACACGAACCCUGAGCAUCCUCUCUUUCGGGAUCUGAUGCUCAAGCGCGAUGACGGAUAUUGGGGUUCCAUGUCCAUCUCCAACCUGCUUGGCAAGCGCCAGAACAUUGAUGGUGGUGGUGCUGGGAAUGGUAAUUCGGCUGGUGUUAAUCUUAAGGACUCGAUCGGUAGCACAGCCGGCUGUCCUACCACACGAAAGGUAGCUUUGAUUGGUGUUGCAACUGACUGCACCUACACUGCCAGCUUUAAUUCGACGGACAGUGUGCGACAGAAUAUUAUUACCCAGGUCAACACAGCGUCCGAUCUAUAUCAGGCGACUUUCAACAUCACAUUGGGUCUGAGAAAUUUGACCAUAUCUGAUGCCGAGUGUCCCGGAACGGCGGCUGCUCAGACACCCUGGAAUGUGGGCUGCAGUGGCAGUACUGACAUGACUCAACGGCUGAACCUCUUUUCGCAAUGGCGAGGUCAACGAGGAGAUAGCAAUGCUUACUGGUCGCUUUUCACGACUUGCAAUACGGGUGCCGAGGUUGGUCUCGCAUGGCUCGGACAGCUUUGCAACACCGGCUCGACCUCUCAGACAGAUACUAGUGGCACUUCUCAAAGUGUUACGGGCGCUAAUGUCAUUGCAAAGACAUCUACUGAGUGGCAGGUGUUUGCUCAUGAAUCGGGGCACACCUUUGGCGCUGUUCACGAUUGUGACUCGAGCACAUGUGCAGAUGCCAACACUGUCAACUCUGGGCAAUGCUGCCCUCUGUCGUCAUCAUCGUGCGAUGCCAAUGCUCAGUACAUGAUGAACCCUUACUCGAGCCCUGGUAUCACAACUUUCUCGCCCUGUUCGGUUGGCAACAUCUGCAGUGCGUUGGGUCGCAACUCGGUCCAGUCGAGCUGUCUUACGGAUAACAAGGGUGUUGUCACUAUCACCGGUAAUCAGUGCGGCAACGGUAUCGUCGAGGAAGGAGAAGACUGCGACUGUGGUGGUGAUGAAGGCUGCAGUGGCAAUACCUGCUGCAACCCCACCACCUGCAAGUUCAAUUCAGGUGCAGUCUGCGAUCCCAGCAACGAAGGAUGCUGCACAUCUCAAUGUCAGUUCGCUGGUGUAGGCACGGUGUGCCGUGCAAGCACCGGUGUAUGUGACCCCGCAGAGACAUGCUCGGGCACCAAUGGAACAUGUCCUCCAGAUACGACUGCUCCAGAUGGUACUGGCUGCACGAGUGGAAACACGACCGGCCUGAAAUGUGCGAGUGGUCAAUGUACCAGCCGUGACCUGCAAUGUAAGACCUUGAUGGGCAGUUACACCUCAGACAACGACACAUAUGCCUGUAACAGCCAGACAUGUUCCAUCAGCUGCGCGAGUCCCGACUUCGGAGCGAAUGUGUGUUACAGCAUGCAACAAAACUUUCUAGAUGGGACACCUUGCGGAGGCGAUGGAAAUUGCGAAAACGGCGUAUGUAAAGGCAGCACUGUUGGCGGGGAAGUGAAGUCGUGGAUCGACCACAACAAAACGCUCGUCAUUGCCCUCGCCAGUGCACUGGGUGGCCUUCUACUUCUGGCCAUUUUGGGCUGCUGCGUCCGAGCAUGCAGGCGACCAAGGUCGAGUAAACAAAUGGCGGCAGUUGCACAGCGGAAUCAAAAUAUGAGGCAAAAUCGCGGCUGGGAUGGCCCGCCGGUGCCGCAACAGAUGCAAAACCGCGGGUACGGCCCUAGCAAUGGCAAUGCCUGGAUAUCGCAGCCCAGUCAGAUGCCGCAAAGUUACUGGGCAAAUCAACCACCGCAAUAUGAAUGGCCUCAAGGAGGCUACGGCGGUGCUGGAGGGUUCGGUGGCAAUAAUAGAGGGAACAGCGUGCGAUAUGCUUAGGAGGUGAUAUCGCAGGCAUGGAUUCCCGUCUCGGAGGAACAGGAUGGAAACUGCAACUCCAGGAAGUUGGUGUUUUACAGCAGGAAAAGACGGGGUCGCGCGUGAGUGUCGAUAUGUCUCCUCGGGAUCGAUUGGAUCUUGUAUUGGAGUACAUGAUGCGAUAGAGCUGUGCAUAUGGGUGUUGAAUGAUCGGCAUUGUCAUUGGCGUCCAAGGCUGGUUAUUGUGCCUGGGGUCCGAUUGGGUAGGCAUCAAGAGAUGGGAACCUGGAAUGGUGUUGGAUUGUACUUAAAACAUGACCGUGACGACGAAUUGAAUGAACAGAAUCCAUUCACAACAAA